AUGGGGAGAAAACUGCCAUGGAAGACUUCCUCGACUCCUUCGGGCCCCGAAAGAAAAACAUCAGUGAAGUCUGAGAGUGCACUACCCACACCAUCACGAACGACCCAUCCAGAUACACCUUCAGCAUCUCGUAAGAAACCGCGUCGCGAGCGCGUGAUAGAGGCAGAAGGUAUUCCAAACUCGUCACUUUCGUCACAACCGCAAAGAAACCGACAAUAUUAUACAGAUGCUACACGCAGUCCGUCAACCUCGCCUCCACCAGAGCCGCCAAAAGAAAGAUUCAUGAGACCAGGCCUUGACCAUGAUGACCGAUAUCGUAUAGUGGAAGACGAGUUCGUCAACAUGGCUCACCAAUUCACACUUCACAUUCAUACUUCUGAAUACAAUCGUUUGAAGAAUUUGGCUAAACACCAAAACGCAGACACAAUCCGUGAGAUUGAAAGGCCUGUAGUCGGCGCGCCAACCCUAUUCACACGACAACGUCAGGAGGACGUACGCCGCAACGCAAAACAGCGCAAGCUCUUAGGUAAUGACGCAAAUGAGAAGAAAGACUCCCUUUACGCAGGGUCAAGUCUGCAAGGUCUCAUGGAGAGUCCAAGAAAAGAGCACAAGUGGAUAUCAACUGGUCUGGCCGACACAGCAGCGACGAGAGCUUCGGCGGGUUUCAAUUCACAGCGGAUUAGCCCGCUACGGUUGAGGCAGGGAUCGAAGCCAUCUUCAGCAAAGAAGAGACAGAUUCCUCUAGGUGACGACGAUGUGACAGAUGAUGGAGAUGACUUGGAUCUGACUACGCCCUCACGCACCGCAACUACAAAAGCGGCACGCACGACGCAUACAUCCAGUCCAGCCAUGCCACGCUCAACACCACGAACGGCAUUUAGUACUCCUCGCGCACUGAAGUCAGCUAUGAACACAACUUCGAGGCCGGGCUCCAGCGUCAAGCGGCCAACAACAGCACCUGGGGGAAGCGAAGCACGUAAGAUAACCAAAGGCCGCGAUGUUCAAGAAGACAUCGAUGACGACGAUCCAUUUGGGAUCAACAAACGACGAAUUCAGCGCCAGAAAUCAAGGGAACAGUUCCGCAAAACAGAAGAAAAAACACCCUCUAAAUCCUCACUCGACGAUAUUCCUUCAUUCAUCUAA